AUGAAAUUUCUUGCAACUCAUUAGAGUUUCUGUUUUGUCCGAAUUUUUUGGUAGAUCCUGUUAGAUUAAAAUUUAUAGGUAUAAAAUGGUUUAUUAAUAUUUAGCUUAUACAUUAUUACAAUUAGGAAUUUGACAUCAGAAGCUCGACGAUUUUAUUUGGCCGCAUUGGAAAAAGAAUGAAAUGA